AUGUCUUUCCCUGGUAGUGAUGAAGAUGCUAUUCAAGGAUCGAACUCUAUCUCUGGGGCGGCGUCUUCGGUUUCGAUUUCUGGAGCUCUGUUUGACACUCCAGGCCUCGACCUCUCUCUCCCUCCCUUCAAAGCCUUCGUCAAGCAGAUCGUGCAAGCUUUUCUCGAAGAGAAGCAGCAACAGCUAGAUGAAGAACAACAAGAACAACAAGGAGUUACCCAGGACAAGGAGUUCGAUGACGAUGGCGAUCUCAUCAUCUGCAAGCUUUCGGAGAAGAGGAAGGUGACGAUUCAGGAUUUCAGAGGGAAAACACUGGUCUCCAUUAGGGAGUAUUACAGAAAGGACGGCAAGGACCUACCUACUUCAAAAGCAGGUCUUUUCACUAAGAAAUACAGAAGCUUCUCUUUUUAUACAGAUCACGCCUCGAAUGAUUUUGCCACUAAGAAGGUCAAGUUAUACACUGGUUCCGUCCUCUUUGUUUCUUGGGUUUUUUGCUUCUAUAAUGUUGGUUGGACAGGGAAUAUAUCUCACUUCCACUGCACGCAGUCAUGCUAAAGAUAACAACUUGCAUGAAGGUGCACUAAUUGGCGACUUCAAUGGGGAAUUCUGGAGUGUGCACUACUAGAAAAAUGAAUUUUGGCAUCAAGAUCCAUAGCUUUCUACUUUUCGUUCACCCUAAACCCUAUGUUCAACUCCUUUGAUGAUUUUCGUUAAGAUUGGUAUAUGGGUGAGGAAAGUGGAUAUGCUUGAUGGAGUUUCCAUUGUGCGAUCUGAGAAGGUGAAGGAUGAGUUGGUUUUCGAUGGAAAUGACAUUGAGCUUGUUUCUAGGUCAUGUGCCCUUAUCAAUCAGAACAAGGAUAUCAGGAAGUUUCUUGAUGGUAUUUAUGUUAGUGAGAAGGGGACCGCAUUAAUAAAGAAGGUGGUGAAAAAGAUCGUUAUGGGGAAAAAGAUUGGAGCAUGUAUUUAGUAGAAAGUCUAAAUUAAGGGUAUGUGUUUAUCUAUACUUGCAGUUUUUGUUCAUCAGAUUCAUUAUGUAAUGAAUGAGCUAGUUAUACUGGUUGAGAGAUAGUUAGUGCAAUGUACUAAUGAAAAUAAUAUUCAUCCACUUUCUCUCAUUUCCUUCUAUGUUAGGUUAACAGUGUGUGCUACUUCACUUUCUGUAACUGGAACUUUGGAAAGUUAAAUUAGUUAUGAGCUAAUUAUAUGAGCUAUUUCUGAAUGGAAAAUGUGCUAGGUAUGACUUUUUAA